UAGUGUCAUAUAUUUGUCUCACAUACAAUCCAUCUUUGAAAGUGUUUGUUGUCAACAAGGAGGGAAGGUUGAGUUAAAAAUAUAUAGUUCCUUUUGUGAUUAAACAUUGUUCUUCCUUGCCAUACAUAUUCAUCAUGCCUCGUGGUGGUCUAAAGCAGGGUACACACAUAACAACAACCAGGCGAUAUUUGAACGUUUUCCCCCUAAUACCCAAGACCCCAUCGCAGAUAUCACCGAAAUAUUGCCCUGAAGAAUUAUCCUGUGGUAUGGGGUGUGUAAAAAGUUUUGUUUUUUUUCUCUCCCCAAUCUACUCGGACACCAUGACAAUCGUGAAUGUCAAUCCUGUUUAACAUUUACGAUCGUACAUCUUUUUGUAUGUGAGCCUGUCCCAUCUAGUCUAUUUUUCUUUUAAAAAUAACUCCGAUGGCUUGUCUUUUAAUGUUGACUGGGGCCAUGCUUAAAGCAGAAUUGCUUCUUGUAGUUGCCGGUGAGCACCAUUAAAAAAAACAAACAAACAAACAAAAAAAACUCUCAAAAAAGUCUGCUAGUGAGAAUAUUCUACACCAAUCAAUAUGAUGGCUAAAACGCUGUAAUAGCCAACUCACAGCUCAAUAAAAACAUAUUUUGUUCAGUUUUUCUGUGCGCCCACAGUGGUGGGCAACCCCUGCUCUAGAUUAUUGAAAUCAAUUGGCUUGUUACUUUAAUAAGCACUUGUAAGGCACAGGGGUGAUUGGUUUGGCUGGAGAGCUUAAGACUACAAAUUAAUGUACUAUAGGGCAGGCACGUGGACACAAAGCCACUAGGGGGUCUCAAGAACCUGACCUUUUGCCCUGAACCAAAAAACAAUGCCUUUUUUGCUGCAGCACGUUUCUCUUCAAUAAUCAAUAUUAAAAAAUAACAAUUACCCUCUCUGUCAUCAGUUUUAGUGUUUUGAAAUCUAUCGGACAUUUAUUUUUUUUGUCCUUGGGAGAAUUGUAUGUAUGCUCCCACCUUGCGCUCAUCCCCCACUCCUCUUCAUUUGGACAGAGGUAUGUUGACCUUUUAUAUACACUGUAUCUUCCCUUCAUCUCCUUUAUUAAUAGUUCAAUUAUGAAUUUGUGAUUGUCUUAACAGAAGUAGAUAAAUUAAAUACAUAAUGGACUACUGUUUUUUUCUCAAUUGUAUAAAUAAUGUUGGUGAUGGGCGCCAUUUUUUGGAUAGAGCACCUGCCCCGAAAAAUGUCUGUGCACUUGCCUGGUAUAGAUGUAUGCCAGUGCACUAGAAUAUGAUCUUUCACCUUCUGGAGGCUUUUGACUUCUUAUAGCAGAGCACGUACCUGGCAUUAAGCUGUUUAAAUGACAGACUUAAGUCGAUGGGAGAAUCUGCCGAGCCAGAAAUGAUGAUGCUUUUCCCUCUUAUGCACAUGAGUGAAGAUGGCCCGAUGAAAGCAAUAAGCAAAGAUGCUGUCAGUUUUGUGAUCACGAUGCGCUGGUGGGUGAUAGGACUCCUCCCUGCAGUUGUGCUGUGUGCACGUUACUUCUGCAGCAGGCGAGUGAUUCGUGGUUAUUUGGAGGAAGCCAUGAGCAAUGACAUGGGUCACCUUGAAGAGUUUUACAAGAAAUCACCAAAUUGCCGCCUUUGGGUUGCAGUGCGAGAAGGCCAAGUGGUAGGUGUUGUAGCGAUGGUUGGCUACAAGGCAGGAGGUUUUGCUGAGCUGAGGCGCAUGUCAGUUGACCGUAGGUGUCGGAGGUGUGGCGUGGGUAUGGCCCUUGGAUUUAAAGUUCUGGAGUUUGCCUUAACUCAGGGAUACACCACUGUUGUCCUGGGAACCACAGCCUACUCACCCGCUGCGCACCAGCUCUACCAGCGACUGGGAUUCCAAUGUAGUGGGAUCACAAAUGGAUACAUGCCACAUGGUGCAACACAGUCUCUACUGGAUAGAAUAUUCUAUAGGGUCUGCCAUCAUCACUAUAGACUAGAAGUGAAAAACAUGCCUUUAAAUGGACAGAAACCACUUUGGGAGACAUAACAGGUGCAAAACAACACAGUAAACGUUUGUCCUUAUCAUAACUGUAAAAUGAAUUUCCUGGAUUUAAAAAUAUAAUUUCACCAGACAAAUAAUGACACUAACAUGUCUGAAAUCAGGACGGCAACGUUUAUCGUCGAUGGACUUGAUGUUGACUCAUUCUGUCUGUCGGAAUUUAGCAGGUAUUCCUCAAAUGUGGGAAAUGCAACUCCGGGGAUGUGCGAGAUUAAAAGUAAUAAAAAUAAGAUCUCGAGGUAUAAUAAUUACACAUUUACACAGCUUUGACUAAAUUAUAUUUUUUCUUAAGAAUAAAAGGUUAAAAAAAAUAAGCAUUUCCGCUAUGAAUUUUGUUUUUUAUAAAAUGAUCAAAAUCCGCUAUUGGUACUGCCAGUCUUGCAAGUCUUGCAAUCUACAUUCUAGCUAUGCGUGUCAAGCUUGUGGUAGACCAACUCUUUUAUUUAUUAUUUUUUUUUUUUUUUGCAUGAUUAAAUCUUCUUCUUUUCCUUUCGCUUGUCCCGUUAGGGGUCGCCACAGCGCGUCAUCCUUUUCCAUGUAAGCCUAUCUCCUGCAUCCUCCUCUAGAAUACCAACUGCCAUCAUGUCUUCCCUCACGACAUCCAUCAACCUUCUCUUUGGUCUUCCUCGAGCUCUCUUGCCUGGCAGCUCCAUCCUCAUCAUCCUUCUUCCAAUAUGCUCACUAUUUCUCCUCUGGACGUGUCCAAACCAUUGAAGUCUGCGCUCUCUAACUUUGUCUCCAAAACAUCGAACCUUGGCUGUCCCUCUGAUGAGCUCAUUUCUAAUUUUAUCCAACCUGGUCACUCCAAGAGCGAACCUCAACAUCUUCAUUUCCGCCACCUCCAGCUCUGCUUCCUGUUGUCUCUUCAGUGCCACUGUCUCUAAUCCAUACAUCAUGGCUGGCCUCACUACUGUUUUAUAAACUUUGCCCUUCAUCCUAGCAGAGACUCUUCUGUCACAUAACACACCUGACAUUUGGCAUGAUUAAAUAAUACCUUUUAAUUGCCUUUGUUUUAACAUUUUUGAAAGGUGUGUGAGAGAAAAUAAAUACAA